AUUUAUGAUUGUCGUAAUGCGACAAUAUUGAUAACCGAUUAUGCCAGGCCGUUGAUAACGGCCUCGCUGCUAAGGGGACUAUUUUAGAACAGGAACGGGAACGGGAUUGGGAAUCAAUUCCGCAUAGCGCGUCCGAAGGUGGCCAUUCCACGCCCCAUUUUCAAAUGAUAAGAUAGUGGAGUCCGGGGCAGUUGAAAUGGAGCGUUACUGCAGGCUCAACUUGCUGCAAGGAGCGAACUGGCGCCCAAGUAGGCACUGGAAGAUCAAUCUUUUUAGAAAUUAAGUUUACCCAGGUGCCAAGUAUCAGAUAAAGUCAAGCCGGAGCUCACAAUAAAUAAUAUAUUUCUUAAAAAUGGAGUUCGGCAUGCUCGACAACUUCCGUGUUCGGAGCGAUCCUGUCCAACUAUUCAAGCUGAUUAUCUCUUUGGAUCUGCCAAUGCUGGAGGAUGAAACACCGCCUCCGAGCUUCUAUUACGAUUUGCUGGAGACCAAGAAAGUUGAACUGAGGCGCAGUAUACACAGCGGAAAGCUUCUUGUGACCCUCAGUAGUCAGACUAUAAAUGAAAAUAAGCCCCAGUUAGAAGUGCAAAGUGUUCUGGAAUCAUACACAUCUCUAUACGUAAGGCCCGACACAGUUCUCUCCACGAAAAAUCAGCAUUCUUUGAGAUAUCGAUCACUGCGCUCGUUGAUGAAGCUCCUCUUGACCUUUUCCGUACUGCACACCAUCUAUGUGAUGUCCCAGAUAGCCGUCGGAACCUCCAUUGCCUAUGGUUGGGAAGCCUUGUCCACGAUUACGUCUUCGUCACAGAUCAAGAAGAAAUCCCUGUUAUCCAGCAUUGGUCAAUACAUUUCCGGCAAACUAACGUCCCUGCGCAGUGGAUGUUUCUAAGACCGCUCCUGAGAUCGCAGACGUCGAUGGUGUUGAUCUGUUUAUUUUUAAACCCAUUUCGCUAUUUAUACGAAUGAAAACUCGACUAUGGUUCCAACUACUUCCAGUCCUUUCCUUCACCGCCGACGUCCACUGGCUGUUGUUGCUUUCAUUGUUGACUACUUUGCAGAUUACGACUAACACGGAGUGCCCGAAAAUACGGAUUGCUGUUGAUUGCUGUUGUGUACCCAAGACAACGACAACGAUCCGACUUGACGAUAAGCCUCAGAAUAUAUGUACAAAUCUCGGUCAAUAGCUCACCGAUCCAUAGCCAAAUAAAAACCAGGCUGAGUCUUC